AUGUUCUUCCUCAAGAUUGCCGGGGUCUCUGCCUUGACGGCUUUGGCAGUGGCUGCCCCGUCGCCCGCCAAACAUGUUCUUCACGAGAAGCGUGAGCGUGUUUCGACCGACUGGGUCAAGGGCGCUCGCAUUGAGAGCUCUGCCAUCUUGCCGAUCCGAAUUGGUUUGACCCAGUCGAACCUUCCCCACGGUCCGGAAGUUCUGAAGGAGGUCUCUGACCCUCGCUCUGAUAAAUAUGGACAAUAUCUCUCCAUGGGGGAAGUCCACGACUUGUUUGCGCCGGUCGAGCAUCACGUUGAAAGCAUCAAGGAGUGGCUUCACCAUUCCGGUAUUGACAAGUCGCGAAUUGUGCAUUCUGACAACAAGGGCUGGCUUGCAUUUGAUGCCACCACUGAUGAAGCUGAGCGUUUGUUCAAAACCGAGUACUAUGAACACGAGCAUAUGCAGAGUGACCGUGUCCGAGUCGGCUGUGAUGAAUACCAUCUGCCCGAGCACAUUGCGACGCAUGUUGAUUACAUCACUCCUGGAAUCAAAAUGACCCAGGCCGUCAAGCGCACUGUGAAGAGAGAGAAGAGAGGUGUAAAUGCUGGAGCAACUCGCACAUCUAUCCAUGCCCCGGCCAAUGACCUCAGCUCGGAAAAUGUCCAAUUUAGUGGCUCAGACUCGGAUCUUGCAAGAUGCAGUUACAAUAUGACACCUCCUUGCAUUCGUUCGUUGUACGGUAUUCCCAUGCCGACCGACAAGCCAAAUCCCAACAAUGCACUGGGUCUCUAUGAGCAGGGUGACUACUUUGCCAAGUCUGAUUUGGACCUGUACUGGAAAAAUGUCUACCCCGAGGUGCCCCAGGGUACAUAUCCUAAACCCCAGUUGAUCGAUGGCGCCAAUUACUCCGUUCCCGCCUCUAGUUCGUUGAAUACAGGAGAAUCAAACAUUGAUAUCACAAUGGCAUAUGCCUUGAUAUACCCUCAAGAGGUUCUCCUUUACCAGGUCGAUGAUCAGCUUUAUGAGCCUACCGAAGUUGCUACAACCAACUUGUUCAACACCUUCUUGGAUGCCUUGGAUGGAUCUUACUGCACUUACACUGCUUAUGGCGAAACGGGCAAUGAUCCAAAAAUCGACCCUGUCUACCCCGAUACCCGUGAAGGUGGAUACGAUGGCCAGCUCCAGUGUGGCGUCUACAAGCCGGCCAACGUCAUUUCUGCGUCCUACGGCCAGGCAGAAAUUGACCUCCCGAUGAAGUAUGUCGAACGUCAAUGCAACGAGUUCCUCAAACUCGGUCUGCAAGGCCACACCAUCAUGUUUGCUUCCGGUGACUACGGCGUUGCUUCCUUCCCUGCAGAUGGAGGUAACGCCAACGGUUGUCUUGGACCUGAUGCCCGUGUUUUCAACCCCCAGUACCCAUCCGGAUGUCCUUACGUGACAUCUGUUAGCGGAACAAUGCUUUACCCCGGCCAGAAAGUCACCGAUCCCGAGAGCGUCAUGCAAGUCAAUCUUGGAGGUACCGCUGUCAACUUUUCUUCUGCCGGAGGUUUUUCGAACUAUUUCGCUCGGCCGUGGUACCAAGAGAUAGCCAUUGAGGAGUAUUUCCACAUUGGCAACCCUUCGUACCCAUACUACUCGGGAUUGAAUGUUAACGUCAACACCACCAAGGGUCUUUAUAACCGUAUCGGUCGUGGUAUUCCUGAUAUCUCCGCCAAUGGAGCCUACUUUGAAUCAUUCUUGAAUGGAAGGCUUGUGCAUUUCUUCGGAUCAAGCUUGGCUAGCCCGUUGUUUGCCUCCGUGAUUAAUCUUAUCAACGAGGAGCGUCUUGCCAUUGGCAAAUCUUCCGUCGGCUUCAUCAAUCCCGUUCUCUACCUCAACCCCUGGGUUCUCAAUGAUAUCACCAACGGAACCAACUUGGGUUGCGGCACGGAAGGCUUCCCGGCUGUCAAGGGCUGGGAUCCAUCUACUGGCCUUGGAACUCCCAACUACUCCAAGCUCCAGGAGUUAUUUGUUAAGUUGCUGCCAUAG